GGGUACUUCACCAGACUAUUUAAGCUGCAAUGUUCAGCAUCUGAAGCAAGUUGGGAGCUGAACACAGUAACCAUGUGGACUCUUUUGGUUCUUUGCAGUGUGAUCUUCUCACACCCAGUGCAAGGUGAAAAAAGAUGGACUGAAGUACAAACAAAGGACUACUCAGCUCAGCCCUCUUGUCGUUACUAUUGCGGCUCAAACAUGGGAAGCUGCUCCUGCUCCAGCUCCUGUAAACACUAUGGCAACUGUUGCUAUGACUACAACUAUUACUGCAGCUACAUGUACACCACUUAUUGGCCUGAAACAACCACCACAGAUCAGCCUUCCUGUCGCUACAACUGUGGCGGACACAUGGGAAGCUGCUCCUGCUCCAGCUCCUGUGAAUACUAUGGAAACUGUUGUCAUGACUACUCCUCGUACUGCAGCUACGCCACUCAUUGGCCAGUCGAACCCACAACAGAUCAGCCUUCCUGUCGUUACAACUGUGGCAGACACAUGGGAAGCUGCUCCUGCUCCAGCUCCUGUGAAUACAAAGGAAACUGUUGUCGUGACUACUACUCCUACUGCUAUUCCACAACUGAACAACCAGGCACCGCAAGCCCAUGUGGAGGCUCACUGUUUGGCUCUGGCAACUUCUCCAGCCCCAACCACCCAAACUACUACCACGACAAUGCUUACUGUGUUUGGUAUCUCAGAGCUGCAGACGACCACAGAAUCUUCUUGUCAUUCACGUACCUGGAAUUGGAGAACUGCUGCUCUUGUGACUCCAUUUCAAUCUACGACGGGCCGUCUGUCAGCUCAAGCUUUCUGGGGAAAGUCUGCAAUGACAGUCAGAGUACUUUCUACUCUACCUCCAAAUACAUGACUGUGGUCUUCAGGACUGACAGUUCUGUGGUUGGUCGAGGGUUCAGUGCUGACUUCUUGACCUCUUUACCACCAAGCUCAGGUCGAGUGAGCUGUUCCUCAGACAACAUGAGCAUUGCGAUUGAGCGUUCUUACCUGAGCUCGCUCGGCUACGAUGGUAACAGUCUGUACCUGAACGACCCGAACUGCAGACCCCAGGUCAACAGAUAUCAGGUGGUCUUCAAUUACCCCAUUGAUACUUGUGGCAACGUUCAAAAGUUAGAGAAUGGCAGAGUUGUGUACACCAACACAAUCAAAGCCUACACCACCAACCAUGGAGAGAUCACGCGGGAGUCUUACUUUAAACUGAGCGUGGGAUGCCGAAUGGAUCAAGACUCGGUGGCUCAGACGAUGUUUCUCAUCCAUCAUCGUGAUAACAGCAGCAUUACAGGGACAGGAAAAUUCAACACCAGCAUGGAUUACUACACAUCUGGGAACUUCUACAAUAAGGUGACUCAAGUGCCAUACAAGGUGACGCUCAACCAAAACUUGUACGUUCAAGUGGAUCUGAAGAGUCAUGAGGGAAACCUGGUCCUCUUUCUUGACACCUGUGUGACCUCACCGUCACCCCACGAUUUCACCAGCAGACCUUACUACCUGGUCCGUAACGGAUGUACUGCAGACAACACCUACAGGGCUUACACCACUGGCACCAGACCCUAUGCCCAAUUCACCUUUAAGGCCUUCAAGUUCCUGCGAGCCUCAGAGUCUGUGUACAUUCAAUGCAAGGUCCUGGUUUGCCAAGCCUCUGACAAAAAUUCUCGCUGCCGCCGCGGCUGCGUCAGACGUCUGGCCAGAGACCUGGGGCCAGAACAUGACCACCAAACUCUGGUCCUGGGUCCAAUCCAGCUCAAAGGCCCCGAGAAAAAGGAAGAAGGGACUCAGAAGGAGGACAAGGCUUAAACCAAUCUGUAACAAGCAGCUUCAGUCACCUUUAACAAUCAUUACAAGUCUUUUCAUUCUGUCCAUUGUGACACUGAAUUAUACUUUCCUUUCUCAUCUUUUCUCUUAAUAACAUUAUCUGAUUAAAAGCAUUAUCAAAAAGCA